AUGGAUCCGCAACUAAUGGAGGUUUCACAGCAGUUCGAGAGGUUUAAAGCUGCGUUUAUAAUAAAAGAUUUCGAUACCUGUUCCAGUCUCUUGUCUCAGCUUAAGUUGUUUGAUCAUUAUCUUAUAUCACUCUCACUGAAUGCAUUGCUUUUGCUUACGUGUGCUCUGUUUUUUCUAUGUACCAGGAAUCGUAUUCCGCCAUCUCCGCAAGAGAAUCUAAUCAUGGGGUUGAACCUACUGAGACUGCUUGUUCAGAACAGAAUAGCUGAAUUCCACACAGAACUGGGAUUACUUUCAUCUGCAACCUUGGAGAAUCCUUGCAUCAAGCAUGCGGUGGAGCUCGAGCAAUCCUUCAUGGAAGGUGCUUAUAACCGUGUGUUGAGUGCUAGACAAACCGCACCUGAUGAGACUUACGUCUAUUUCAUGGAUCUCUUGGCAAAAACCAUUAGAGAUGAAAUAGCUGGAUGCAGUGAGAAAGCAUACGAUCAUCUCUCAAUCAGUGAAGGUUGUAAGAUGUUACUCUUCUCGUCUGAUCAACAACUGUUAACAUAUGUGAACGAGGAGCACCCGGAGUGGGAAGUUAAAGACGGGUUAGUUGUCUUCCAAAAAACCAGAGAAACCGCACCGUGCAAGGAGAUACCGUCACUUCAACUCAUCAACCAGACUCUCAGUUACACCAGAGAGCUCGAGCGUAUCUUGUAAAUCCCAUUCAAGUGUUACCAUUGUUUGACUUACACGCCUCAGUCAUCACUAGUAUUUUCCCAAACAGUUGAUUUGAUUCAUCAGAUAAUUUAGCUCUGUCCUUUCUUUCUUUUGUCGUCUGGUUAUAAUGCAACUUAUAUGUUAUGGUCACAUGAAUGAUUUCUGGCUCAUAAAGGCAACUCCAUUAAAUGAGUCCGUGAUUGAAUUUUGAUUCUUGUGUCCCACUGCUUGUAAAUAUAUUAUGUGUAUUAUUUUUUUUAUUCAAGAAAG